AGUCGCGGCACCUGUCCUGGCAGCCAAUCAGCGCCAGGACUUCUCUGGAACCUACUUGUCAGCAAAAUCCCGACACCCAAACCUCAACAUAAAUCAAACACUUCCCAGCGCAGGGAAUGUCCGUGGUAGGCGAGAAUUAAGAGACAAACAGUGAACCUCUCAGGACCCAGCGAUCACCGGAGCCUCGGAGCAGGAAGAUGUCGAAUGAACUUGAUUUCAGGUCUGUGAGAUUGCUGAAGAAUGACCCAGUCAACUUCCAGAAGUUUCCCUACACCAGUGAGGACGAGGCCUGGAAGACAUACCUGGAGAACCCCUUGACAGCCGCCACCAAGGCCAUGAUGAGGGUCAACGGGGACGAUGACAGCGUGGCCGCCCUGAGUUUCCUCUACGAUUACUACAUGGGCCCCAAGGAGAAACGGAUCCUGUCCUCUAGCACCGGGGGCCGCAACGACCAGGGAAAGAGGUACUACCACAGCAUGGAGUACGAGACGGAGCUCGCGCCCCUCGAAAGCCCCACGCACCUUAUGAAGUUCCUGUCAGAGAAUGUGCCAGGGACGCCGGAAUACCCUGAUCUGCUCAAGAAGAAUAACCUGAUGAGCUUGGAGGGGGCCGUGCCCAGCCCGGGCAAGGCUGCUGCCCUACCCCCAGGCCCCAGCAAGCUGGAAGCCGGCUCUGUGGAUAGCUACCUGCUGCCCACAAGUGAUAUGUAUGAUAACGGCUCCCUCAACUCCCUAUUUGAAAGCAUUCACGGGGUACCACCCACACAGCGCUGGCAGCCAGACAGCACCUUCAAGGAGGACCCACAGGAGUCACUGCUCUUCCCAGAUAUCCUGAAAACGUCCCCAGAACCAUCGUGUCCCGAGGACUAUCCUAGCCUCAAGAGUGACUUUGAGUACACCCUGGGCUCCCCUAAAGCCAUCCACAUCAAGUCAGGAGAGUCGCCCAUGGCCUACCUCAACAAGGGCCAGUUCUACCCGGUCACCCUGCGUACCCCAGCAGGAGGCAAAGGCCUGGCCUUGUCCUCCAACAAAGUCAAGAGUGUGGUGAUGGUGGUCUUUGACAAUGAGAAGGUACCCGUGGAGCAGCUACGGUUCUGGAAGCACUGGCAUUCACGGCAGCCGACUGCCAAGCAGCGGGUCAUCGAUGUGGCUGAUUGCAAAGAGAACUUCAACACCGUGCAGCAGAUCGAGGAGGUGGCCUACAACGCACUCUCCUUUGUGUGGAACGUCAACGAGGAGGCCAAGGUGUUUAUCGGCGUCAACUGUCUGAGCACAGAUUUCUCCUCACAAAAGGGGGUGAAGGGCGUCCCCUUGAACUUGCAGAUCGACACCUAUGACUGUGGCCCUGGCUCUGAGCGCCUGGUGCACCGCGCUGUCUGCCAGAUCAAGAUCUUCUGUGACAAGGGAGCUGAGAGAAAGAUGCGGGAUGAUGAGCGGAAGCAGUUCCGGAGGAAGAUCAAGUGCCCCGACUCCAACAACAGUGGCAUCAAAAGCUGCCUGCUGUCUGGCUUCAGGGGCAACGAGACCACCUAUCUGCGGCCGGAGACUGACCUGGAGACCCCGCCGGUGCUGUUCAUCCCCAACGUGCAUUUCUGCGGCCUGCAGCGUGCUGGAGGGGCGGUCCCCUCAGCAGGACACAGCGGCUCCAACAGGUUGCCGCUGAAACGUUCGUGUUCGCCUUUCCCAGAGGACUUUGAGCCCCUGCCCUCCAAGCAAGCCAAGGAAGAGGACCUGCAGCGAGUUCUGUUGUACGUGCGGAGAGAGACAGAGGAGGUGUUUGAUGCCCUCAUGUUGAAGACCCCGGACCUGAAGGGGCUGAGGAAUGCGAUCUCUGAGAAGUAUGGGUUCCCCGAAGAGAACAUUCACAAAGUCUACAAGAAAUGCAAGCGGGGAAUCCUGGUCAACAUGGACAACAACAUCAUCCAGCACUAUAGCAACCACGUUGCCUUCCUCCUGGACAUGGGGGAGCUGGACGGCAAGAUCCAGAUCAUCCUCAAGGAGCUGUGAGGCCCGAGUCGCCCAUCCCUGGGGCCUAACGGCGCGGGCUCCAGGCCAGGA